GUUGCUGCUGGCGGGGAGGCGGGGGGCCCGGGCCGCUCUGAAUGGUGGUUAAAAUGAUCAUAGAAAACUUCGAGGCGCUGAAAUCCUGGCUCAGCAAAACCUUGGAGCCCAUAUGUGAUGCAGAUCCAUCUGCCCUAGCUAAAUAUGUUCUGGCUUUGGUAAAGAAGGACAAAAGUGAAAAGGAACUGAAGGCAUUGUGUGUUGAUCAGCUGGAUGUAUUUCUUCAGAAAGAAACUCAGAUAUUUGUGGAAAAACUGUUUGAUGCUGUGAAUACAAAAAGCUACCUACCUCCACCAGAACAGCCAUCAUCAGGAAGCCUGAAAGUAGAAUUUUUUCAGCACCAAGAAAAGGAGACAAAAAAGGAGGAGAUUGUUAAAGAGGAAGAGCGAGAGAAAAAGUUCUCUAGAAGAUUAAAUCACAGCCCUCCUCAGUCAAGUUCUCGCUACAGAGAGACCAGAAGCCGUGAUGAAAGGAAAAAAGAGGAACGUUCUCGGAAGAGGGAUUAUGACCGAAAUCCUCCCAGAAGAGAUUCCUACAGGGAUCGAUACAACAGGCGGAGAGGGAGGAGUCGCAGCUACAGCAGGAGUCGAAGUAGGAGUUGGAGCAAAGAGAGGUUGCGGGACCGCGAUCGAGACCGGAGCAGAAGCCGGAGCAGAACGCGAAGCAGAGAAAGGGAUUUAGGAAAGCCAAAAUAUGACAUGGAUAGAACAGAUCCAUUAGAGAACAAUUAUACUCCAGUUUCUUCUGUGACAAAUAUUUCAUCUGGCCACUACCCUGUCCCUACACUGAGCAGUACUAUUACUGUUAUUGCUCCUGCUCAUCAUGGAAAUAACACUACUGAAAGUUGGUCGGAGUUCCAUGAAGAGCAGCUGGACCACAACUCCUAUGGAAGACCUCCACUGCCAAAGAAACGCUGUAGAGAUUAUGAUGAGAAGGGUUUCUGCAUGAGAGGAGACAUGUGCCCUUUUGAUCAUGGAAGCGAUCCAGUAGUGGUAGAAGAUGUGAAUCUUCCUGGCAUUCUGCCUUUUCCAGCACAACCCCCUGUUGUCGAAGGACCACCUCCUCCUGGACUUCCUCCCCCUCCACCAAUUCUCAGUCCUCCUCCUGUUAACCUUAGACCUCCAGUACCACCACCAGGCCCCUUACCACCUAGCCUUCCACCUGUAACAGGACCACCCCCUCCCCUUCCACCACUGCAGCCUGCUGGCAUGGAUGCCCCCCCAAACUCAGCCACCAGCUCAGUUCCUACCGUUGUUACCACGGGUAUUCAUCACCAGCCGCCUCCUGCUCCACCCUCUCUUUUUACAGCAGGUGUAGUACUGAGGCUUUGCCCACAAGAAACGUAUGACACAGAUGGCUAUAAUCCAGAAGCUCCAAGUAUAACAAAUACUUCAAGACCUAUGUAUAGACAUAGAGUACAUGCCCAAAGACCAAAUUUGAUAGGACUCACAUCAGGUGAUAUGGAUCUACCACCCAGAGAAAAACCUCCUAAUAAAAGUAGUAUGAGAAUAGUGGUAGAUGCUGAAUCCAGGAAAAGAACAAUUGGUGCAGGGGAUGGUGGAGUUCCUACAAAGAAGACUUGGUUUGACAAGCAAAAUUUUAACAGAACAAAUAGUCCAGGUUUCCAGAAGAAAGUGCAGUUUGGAAAUGAAAAUACAAAACUUGAAUUGAGAAAAGUUCCACCAGAACUUAACAACAUCAGCAAACUUAAUGAGCACUUCAGUAAGUUUGGAAACUUAGUCAACUUGCAGGUUGCGUAUCAGGGUGAUCCAGAAGGUGCCCUUAUUCAGUUUGCCACCCAUGAGGAAGCAAAGAAAGCUAUAUCAAGUACAGAAGCAGUAUUAAAUAAUCGUUUCAUUAAAGUUUAUUGGCAUCGAGAAGGCAGCGCACCGCAAAUCCAGACUACUGCACAGAAGGUGAUCCAGCCCUUGGUGCAGCAGCCCACUUUGCCUGUAGUGAAGCAGUCGGUGAAGGAGCGGCUCGGCCCGGUGCCUGCGAGCAAUAUCGAACCUGCAGAAGCACAGGGUGCCAACGCAGAAGUCGCUCAGAAUGUGACUAAAUUAUCUGUGAAGGAUAGACUGGGUUUUGUGUCAAAGCCAGUUACUCCAACAACUGAAAAGGUUUUAUCUACUUCUACUGGCUUGACAAAAACUGUGUACAACCCUGCUGCUUUGAAGGCAGCACAGAAAUCUUUGCCUGUUGUUUCCACUUCCGUGCUAGACUCUAAUGAAGCACAGAAGAAAAAACAGGAAGCACUGCGACUUCAACAAGAUGUGAGGAAAAAGAAGCAAGAAAUCUUGGAGAAGCACAUUGAAACACAGAAGAUGCUGAUUUCAAAGCUGGAGAAGAAUAAAGCCAUGAAGUCAGAAGACAAGGCAGAAAUCAUGAAAACACUGGAAAUUUUGACUAAUAGCAUUACCAAGUUAAAGGAUGAAUUAAAAGGUGUAUCACCAGGAGGAGGGCCUCCUUUAAAAAGCAUGAAAACUAAAACUCAGAUGCAGAAGGAAUUACUAGAUACUGAACUGGAUUUAUACAAGAAGAUGCAAGCUGGGGAGGAAGUUACUGAAUUAAGGCGAAAAUAUACAGAGCUGCAGCUGGAAGCUGCCAAGCGGGGCAUUCUCUCCUCAGUGCGCGGCAGAGGGGUUCACGCCAGAGGCCGGGGCGCGGCGCGCAGCAGAGGCAGAGGGAUCCGGGGCCGCGGCAGGGGCAGGGGCGUUCCUGUGCACGCCGUGGUGGAUCAUCGGCCCCGGGCGCUGGAGAUCUCCGCCUUCACCGAGAGCGACAGGGAGGAUCUUCUGCCGCAUUUUGCGCAAUAUGGUGAAAUUGAAGAUUGCCAGAUAGAUGACUCUUCUCUCCAUGCGGUGAUUACUUUUAAAACAAGAGCAGAAGCUGAAGCUGCUGCAAUUCAUGGAUCUCGUUUCAAAGGACAAGAGCUAAAGUUGGCAUGGAACAAGCCUGUUGCUAGUAUGUCAGCUGUUGAAACAGAAGAAGCUGAACCUGAUGAAGAAGAAUUUCAGGAAGAAUCUUUGGUGGAUGACUCACUGCUUCAAGAUGAUGAUGAAGAGGAAGAGGAGAAUGAAUCUCGUUCAUGGAGAAGAUGAUUCAACUGAUCAACGACAAUGCUAGAGCUGCGCCUGUGUUGCAUUAGUAUUACCUAAUGUACUUCUGCAUCUUUGUAUUAAAAGGGGUUUUGUGAUGAAGUUGGAUUCAGAUAUAGAUUAAAAAGCAGCUGGUCGGUUAUACAUUUUGAGAGAUUGAUGUUUGAGUUACAUUUCUGUAAAUGAUUGCUAAAGACAUCAUACUAGGAACAUAUGCAAUGUUUUUAUUACAUAGUUCUACAGAAAGUUACAGAAUUCUUUGGAUUCUUUGUAAUUUACUGAAUUGGUCAAACACAAAUGACCAGAAGUUGUUAUAACAUAGAUAAUUUUUGUUCUAUUCCAGAUACGGAAUGAAAAUUUGCAUUUAAAAUCUUUGUGAAUGUUUUCAGAAAUGAAUAGAUAACAGUACUAAACUGAAGUCUCUAAAGUUAUGUAUUCAUAAUAUUGCAUAGUAGUAUGCUUAGGCUUUACUAUGUACUAGCCUUUUGUUGGAUUUGUGUACGUAUUUUACCUAUGGGUUUUAAUGAUAAAGUGUAUGACUGCUUUGCAUAUAAGUCCUUAUGACUUUAAGAUGUUAAAAAAAUAAAGAAAUGGAAUGGUCUUAAAAAAAAAAAAGAAAAAGAAAAAAAAAAAGCAAUAACCAAAAAAGCUAAGGCAAUGGUCCUUCAUGAUGAAAAAAAAAAAAAAAAAAAAAGAAAAAAAAGAGAAAAGACCAUUCCAGAUGGCAACCCCCACCCC